GGUAUUCCAUACGCCGAACCUCCGGUUGGAUCCUUGCGUUUGGAGCAUCCUGUAUUGAAAACGGACAUUGACGCCCAGACUUUUGGACUAGUCUGUUUACAGGAGGGCGUUGUUACUGAUGAGAUGUCGGAGGAUUGUUUGACCGUCAACAUUUUGCGGCCGACGGGGUUGUCUUCUGAGGACUCAUUGCCCGUGAUGUUCUGGAUCUAUGGUAGCGGCUUCUCCGGAGGCACAUCUUCAUCCUACAGUGGAAGCAAUAUCAUUGCUCAGAGUGUUACCAGAGGAACUCCCAUCAUCUAUGUGAACCACAAUUAUCGGCUAGGGCCAUUGGGCUUCCCUCAAGGACAGGAGGCUGCUGAUAGAGGAGUGAUCAAUCUCGGAACUAGAGAUCAGCUAACUGCCCUGGAAUGGGUUCAACAGAAUAUUGGCUUGUUCGGUGGCGACAAAGCCAAGGUGCAUAAAUGCAUGAUAUGCCGAUUGUCUGGGAUAACAAGUCCAAAUAGGUGGGGAAAGCGCUGGAGCUAUGUCGACAGGUCUGAUGCUUCUAAACUCGUCGAUCUCUAA